UUUAUAUUAAAAGAAAUUGAUUUAUGCAAUGAUAUGUCUCCUUGCAUAUCAUCGCACUAAAACUACUCGAAAGGAAAAAUUAUCGUGAAGGUCAUUGUAAAAGUUAGAUUGUAUUUAAUUUAUACACGUGAAUAGAUUUUCUUGCAUUUUCUCAUAAACCAAACAGAAGGAAAUUUUGUGUAAAAUCGAGAUCUGAAAUAUGGGUUUCUUAGUAACAACCCUAAUUUUUUCUGUGAUUGCGGUAAUUGCAUCACUUUGUACCAGAAUCUGCUGUAACAGAGGUCCCUCUGCUAAUCUGUUACAUCUAACAUUGGUCAUUACAGCAACCGUCUGUUGUUGGAUGAUGUGGGCAAUUGUAUACCUAGCACAAAUGAAACCACUCAUUGUCCCCAUUUUAAGUGAAGGAGAGUGAAGAGUGUGUGUGUGUGUAUAUAUAUAUUGCACAAAAAUCAUUUGGAAGAUUAUCAGUAAAUCAGCAAUUAUGGAUUUUGGCCAUUGAGGGAAUACCUGAAUUUCAUUGUUUAAUGGAAUGGAUGAUUCAGUGUGUUCUCAUAUGUUGAUUUUGUAUGUGCUUUGAAUUGGAAUUGUGUUGGUUCUUUGAUGUUAUUAGUUUCUCAUUUGUUAUAUUUUUAUGAUUUUAUUAAAUUUUAUAAAUUUUAAUGUUAUUCUAUCAAUUAUGUGUGUAAUUUUGAUAAAAUAAUAAUUGCUUGAAAUAAAA